GAGAGAGAGAGAGCGAGAGAGCGCGCGCGCGCGAGAGAGAGAGAGAGAGAGAGAGAGAGAGAGAGAGAGAGAGAGAGAGAGAGAGAGAGAGAGAGAUAGAGAUCCUUUCUGUCAACUAUUCCUUCAAAUCCCCAAAACACCCCACACUCAACUUAAAAACACCUCUUCUUUAUACAUUCAAUGACUCCAUUGAGCUGCAGAGUUACUUUGGACAGGAAAACAUGUCUUUGCCUCAAACAUUGUCUUGGUUAGGAACCUAACACAUUCCAAGGAUAUUUCCAAAAACAUAGGUACCACUAACACUGCAUCCUAAAAAUAAAAUAAAAAUACAAAAUAUAAAUUAAGAUCUCACGAGAAUUAACAUUUAACAGAUAUUUGAAUGCAGCUUAUUGUAAUACAACAACAACAACAAAAAGUAGACAACGAAGACAUGAACAAUGACACCCCCCUUUCAAUUGUUGAAGAUUAAUUCCCUUGUUUACCUGAGAGAACAACACAGAUCUGAAAUUACAAUAUACACUGCCACCUGGUGUCUGAUAUGAUUAAAAUGACACUCACUGUCUUUAAAAAGAUGCAUCUAGGAAAAAAGCCCGGACAGACUCAAAAGAAAGAAUUCACCUUUUAAAGUACCACGAUAAAAUACGCUAACAAUGUUAAAUACAUAUAUGUUAAGUGCCAAUUCCAAAAUCUAACACGCCCAAACAUAACAUAGUGCAAAAAAAUAAAACAGUGUCAUUACAAAAUGCAAUGCUGUUUUUCUGCCUUUUUAUUGAUGACAAAUGACGACAAAUUUUCAACGAAUUAAAAAUUCCUAAAUAAACCAGCGGGAUGGGACCAAGAUAAUCACACUACAUUAUUGCGUUUUUAACUGUAUUACUAAUGCCUUCGGAGAGUACUUCGAAGGGAGAACAAUAACGAUAGUCAUGCUGCAGAACCGUUCCGAACAUAAUUCUCCCCCAAAAAAACUUAUAGGUGGGUCCUUAGCUGACGUUAUUUUUUUUUAGCUCAACACCUUUCAGCCCUUCUAAACUCUCACAGCUGUAGGUGAAGGGAAUAGGGCCUUAGGGAUGAUCACUUCUAAAUGGACGCCUUCCAUUAUAUAGUACGUGCGUACAACGCAUGCGCGUCGUCCCCAUGGUGUCUGCGACGGUGAGCUGAACGCAUGCGCAAUGCAUGCGUAAUCCAUGGUGUAUGGUUACAAAAGUGGCUUAGGGAAUUCCCCAGGAAAACACCUACGCAGCCACACGGCCUUUUCUGGACAAACUGGGCAACAGCAAGCCGCUCACACCGUGAGCAAUUUGUAGUUUUAUAAUGCUCCGGACAUGGAGGGAAUCUGAGGCUUGUGCAACGGCGCGUGCCGCUGUUGUUUGGGAAUUCGUCCAGAAAAAGCUCAUCUUCCCCUGAAAACAUCAACAGUGUCAGACCGAAUUCGUCUGGAUAUAAGCUAAAACGGUGCACCGGGUCGUUUAGAUAGUUGUUUGUCAGCAAAGGCAGUUUCUCUCCCUGUGGGUGACAAAAUAAAAACGGCCGAUUGAGAUAUAAAUGGAGGGGACGCAAGAUAUUCACGAUGAACCUCGUAGACAGUGUGCACGGCCUGGACCGAGCUACGACAUGAUGGAGAAACGGGGGGCCGUUGACGCUGUCCCGGAGGACUGGUGUGACAGCGGGCUGGACUCCUUAAGCGGAGUCGGACUUGGUUUUGAGGGUCCCUUUACUUCUUACACCGAGGCUGAGCAGAUAUGGACACCUGGUCCGCCAGAUGAGUUCCAAAAGAAGACAUCCGUGGACUGUUUGUCAAUUGGUGGCGGAGAAAGGCUUGAUUCUGCCAUCGAGGACUCGAUUAACGUUGAUGCGGUCAUGGGGAGUCUGUCCGACGGGAUCGAUACUAUGAUCCUGAGCGAGCCUGCAGAUACAGAUAGACUGGAUGUAUCAAACCCUGAGGAGGGUCGUCAGCGGAGGGAAGAGCUCUUCAACACGCUCAGCUUUCUGUCAGAGGAUGGUGAUACGGUUCUCCAUUUGGCGCUGAUUCAUGAGCAGUGGGGCUUUGUUCAGUACUUGCUUGAAGAAAUUGCUGGGGACAAUAGCUGGACUCCUUACCUGGACAUCCAAAAUGACCUUGGCCAGACUGCUCUACAUUUAGCGAUUAUCGUAGACCGGAGUGAGUGUGUUCGGGCGCUUUUGUGGAGUGGGGCCAAUGCAGAGCUCCAAGAGAGGGGUGGUAACACACCUUUACACCUGGCUGUAAGAGAGCUUCGCACAGAGUGUGUGAGAGAGUUGACCAGCUGCCCACGAACCCCUCCAGAGCACUUGAACAUCACCAAUUAUGCAGGUGUGAGUGCAUUACACCUGGCCGUGCUGAAGGGUAAUUGUGACAUCAUCCGAAUGUUGCUGGAGGCGGGGGCAGAUGCCAAUCAGCGGGAUCUGGGGUCAGGUCGGUCUCCUUUGCACUGGGCAGUGGAAGGACAGAGGUCAGCGGUAGUGGAGUUACUAUUGAGUGCUGGUGCAGUGGUGAAUCAGUGCUCUUAUGCAGGCCACACCCCACUCUAUUGUGCCCUCUACAGGCCUAACAAAGAGGUGCAGGCCCUACUUAGUGCCAAUGGUGCCACAUACACGCAGGAGGAUGAAGAGGAGUGCAGAGAGGAGUUUGAUGAUGUCAUCAUUAAUGGACAGCGGGUGCUAUAGCUGGAACGGACACUACUCUGGCUUAAGACGCUUUUAACUCCAGCUGAAAAAUUGUGAUGCUUGAGUGUAUGUGGAAAAUGUUACUGUGUGUGUCUGUGUCUGUUUGCGCAUGUUACUUGUUUUAAGGUACAGUAUGAUCUCAGUAUGCUGGUUUGGGUUCAGGCUGAUGGAAUUCAAUACAGCUGUUCUGUUUUAUAAGUCUGUAGUCAUGGAGGAUCCAGGUUAUUUGAGCCUUUUAAAAGUAGAUAAAAACAGUAAAAAUGGAGGCAGCUUUCCAUUUAGUAAAACAUCUCAUUGGCUCAUUUUAUGUGCAUAAUUAAGAACCUAACUCCCUAGAAUAUACCAAACUUCUUGCACGCUGCACAUGAGUGGCAUGACUGUGAUACUCUGAUUAGUGGGAAGAUUCAUUAGAGCCAAAACAUGUGUUGAUGUGCCUGAUUAAAACAUUUGCUUUUAUUCUUUAUUUGUAAAACACAUUUAUUAGUAGGAUUAAGUUUAGGAAAUUUUAAAGCAAAAAAUAAUGGUUUUUAAUAAACUGGUUAUUACUUAUGACUUUUGUACCUAAUAUUGGUUGUGUUUAUUGAGUGCAGUGUCACACUUUCUAUGAUGAUAACAUUUCCAACUAUCCAUUGUGUGUAUUUACAGUGGAUUUUUAUAUUUUUUUGUCUUAUAAUGGGGCUUAGGGGUGAUAGACAUGAGAUACACAAGAGGUGGAUAUGUUGGAUGAACAGUAGACCAGAGACAGUGGUUUUUUUUAUGCGUACCAACACAAAUAUAAAUAUGUACUACAAUGAAAGUGUUUACUGCACCCUCAAUAGAUACAGUCACCUUAACAACAGUGCUGAAUUCCAGAAUACAACAAGCCAUUUUACAACAACAAACUCGCAACUUAAAUGCAAAGAAACAGAGUAAGACCUAAAUUCUAGAUUAUGGGGUGUUCAUAUCUGAGAUUCAGUUAACAGUAAAACUUAUAUUGUUUGAAGUUUAAUGCAUCCGAUAAACAUUCCAAAUUACAUCAUCAAACACAUGACAACAGAGUUUGUAUUUUUGGCUCAUUACUUGAUUUAAAAUACACAAGUAAUUUUUGCCAUUGAUAUAAAAGUGUUGAAUGGGGACCUGUGUGAUGGCAUGAUGAUUGUGGACAUUUCCAAUCACCUAUUAAUAGGUCUGUUUAAGAUUUUCUGUUUUGUUUGGGUAAGAAAGGAUAUUUUUAGCUGAGGUUGAUUGUUGCCCUCUGUUGGUGAUAUUUUAUCUCUUGCUUUUUUUUUUAAUUGGUAUAGAUAUUCUAAAUUAGGGGUCCUGAGCUGCUUGUACUUGUCCUCUGAGAGUUGACCAUAUACUGUUGACAGAAUAAGUGUAAUCCUGUUUUAAAAAUCAAGAUUGAUGGUUAUUUGUCCAUUGAGAACAUGUCACUGGAGUAGGUCAGGUUGACCUUGUUCUGUUUAGGAAACCAGGCCAGAGUAACAGGCGGGUUAGACAGAAAAGAGAUAUCAUGGAGUAAGGGGAAUUCAUGUUGGAUUAAACAAGGAUAUAAAUGUCUAAAAGGUAGAGAUUUACAGUUGAUUUUGAAAGCAUCUUGGUUUACAUUUGAAUGUAUCUAAUCCAUGUAUAAAGAAACAGGCUGCAGAGUGACAUCUUUUUCUCCUCUACAUAUUUCUACACUCUUUUCUUGGUGAUGUGGUUUGAAAAGCUCCAACCAUGAAUUAGAAACCAUUCAAAAGGACAAUAAACAGACAAAUUUAAAUUACGAAAAGAUCUGAAUCAUUUGCACAUGAUUAGUCUCACUCAGAUAAACAGACCCCUCUUGAUGCUGAUGUAUUUUAUUU